ACCCUAAACAAACCCCACCAUAGCCUUGCCACCUCUAUUGCAUGCCUUUUUGUUCAUUUCCUCGUCGUUGUCGUUCUCUUUCCUAUUUUUCCCCUCUAAAAGGCCCAAAGCAGGGUGGAACGCGUAUAGAUUACAGAGAGGUACAGUUUUAGAAAAAAGAAGACAAAGAAUUAGCCUGCACACAAACCUUUUGAAGUUCAUGGCUGUUGAGGCUCGGCAUCUCAAUCUCUUCCCCUCUCAACUCUUAGGAAUCCUAGGAAACAGGGAAAUGAUGAACCCCAUUGAGGCAAACAGCAAUAUGUACAACUCCCAUAUGGGCUACACAGUUCCAUUAUCAGGAACCACUACGACGGAGACUCUGUUACCAGCACACAGUUCUGUGGUCAUUGAUUCGAUUCCUCCGAAAGGUGCAAUGAAAUCCGAUAGCGGCCUCACCUACAACAUCCCCAUACCAAGAAAGCGCUCAAGAGACUCGAUCAACCCUUUCUUUUCCAACCCAAAACCUCAACCCCAAAAGAAUUGCGGCUUCUUCUCGUUUCUUGGUGAAGACAUUUCCUUCCAGAUCCAACAACAGCAGUUCGAUAUCGACCGCCUAAUUUCCCAGCAUAUGGAGAAGGUGAGAAUGGAGAUUGAGGAAAAGAGAAAGAGACAAGGGAGGAGGAUAAUAGAGGCAAUAGAGUUGGGGAUGAUGAAGAGGCUAAAGGCGAAAGAGGAAGAGAUAGAGAAGAUAAGUAAACUGAACUGGGCUCUGGAAGAGAGAGUUAAGUUCUUAUGCAUAGAGAAUCAGAUAUGGCGCGACCUGGCGCAGAGCAACGAGGCCACGGCGAAUGCUCUCCGAACCAACCUGGAGCAGAUGCUGGCCCACGGGGCAGGAUUAGACGAGACGGCCGCACAUAUGGACGACGCCCAGUCCUGCUGUGGAAGCAGCGGUGAGGAGGAGGAGGAUCACAGAGAGGGAGAGGAGCGGCGCACGUUAGCGAGGACCGGAGGAGAAAGAGAGUGGUGUAGAAACUGUGCGAAAGAAGAGUCGUGCGUUCUGCUGUUGCCGUGCAGGCACCUGUGUCUCUGUACUUUGUGUGGGUCUACCCUCCACACUUGCCCCAUCUGUAAAUCCACCAAGAACGCCAGUGUGCAUGUUAAUAUGUCCUGAACCUCAAGAAAAGAUCGAUUAAAGUCUAGAAAAGAUGAUGAUCGAUCCCAUGAUCUUUUUUUUU